AUGAAGAUUCCAGCAAUAUUCGUCACGUCUCUGCUGGUCUGGGGAUUGGCCGAGGGCCGCGUGAUUAAUCACGAGUCCCUGAAGACGAGCGAGGAUAUUCAAGGAGGAUAUUCAGCAGGAAUAGUCGGUGAUGGAUCUGACGCGCUUGGCUCCUCCAUAGAAAACGCCCAAAAAGUCGCUCGAGCGGCUGAAAACGUGGGCUUGAAUCUGGAAUUGGGCGCAGGCGCGCGUGCUGCCAGUGUUGCCGCUGCUGCCCAGGCCAAAAACACAGAGGCUGCGGAAGCAGGAGCAAACGCCGCUCUGGCCGCCGCCAUUGCCAAACGGGAGGAAGCGAUUAAAGCCAGCGAGAUAGCAAACCAAUUGUUGACCAAUGCAGCAAAAGCGGCAGAAGCGACUGUAUCGGCAACGAAGAGGGCAGCACAAUUGACGGCUGCAGCGAAAGAAGCAACCAGAGCUUCUGCAGCCGCUGCUGAAGCUGCUACGGAGGCCCAGGUAAAGGCUAACGCCGAUUCAAUCAUCACGAAGAGGGCUGCGAUUGCCGAGGCUCAAGCUGCGGCGGAAGCUCAAGUUAAGGCGGCAAUCGCCAGAAAAUCGGCAGCGAAUUUUUUGGCUAAGGCUCAAAUAGCGGCUGCCGCGGAAUCCGAGGCCACGAAACUCGCGGCCGAAGCUGUAGUGGCACUAACAAACGCCGAAGUCGCCGUGAACCAGGCUAGAAACGCACAGGCAAACGCCUCGACUCAAGCUUCCAUGGCUGUUAGGGUAGAUUCUCAAGCAGCGAACGCUGAAGCAGCCGCUGUAGCGCAAGCCGAAACUCUCUUGGUUACGGCAGAAGCUGUCGCAGCUGCGGAGGCUGAGGUUGCGAACAAAGCCGCCACAUUUGCAAAACAGAUCGUCAACGAGAAGAAAAUACAUGUAGCAAAGUUGGAAUAA